AUGUCUACAUCUAAAAGUGAUUCAAAGUCAAUAUCAAGUGAUCAGUCGAGUACGUCUCUUACUCAUUUGAAGAAAGAUAAUAUACUCUAUAAUGAAGAGUUAUAUCCAGAUGGGUCUAACACCAUUAAUUCACAGCAGACUUAUGGUAAGUUUGAUCCAGAAGCUAAUAUCCGUGAAGAUUUAACGAGGGCAUUGCAGCCUCGUCAUAUUAAUAUGAUAUCUAUAGCAGGUAUCAUAGGUACAGGUCUAUAUCUGUCAACUUCAAGUGCUUUACAUAAAGGUGGUCCUGCUUCUUUAUUCAUGAACUACACUAUAUUAGGUGGUGUUGUCUAUUUAACUAUGUUGUGUUUAGGUGAAAUGUCCACAUAUAUGCCAAUUAGUGGUUCUUUUUGUUCUUAUGCAAAAAAAUUUGUAUCAGAAUCCUUUGCAUGUGCUUUAAUGUGGAAUUAUUGGUUUAAUGAUGCAGUCAGUGUGGCUAGUGACUUGACUGCUUUACAAUUGGUCAUGAAUUAUUGGCAUACCUCAGAAAACCAUUUCCCUUACUGGGCUGCAUCUCUAUUGUUUUGGUUUUUCGUUUUGGUAUUGAAUAUUAUUACUGUUAAACUUUACGGUGAAGCCGAAUAUUGGUUGGCUUUGCUAAAGGUUAUCGCCAUUAUAAUUUUCUUUAUUUUAGGUAUUGUAGUUAAUGUAGGCCAUAAUCCACAGCAUGAAUAUAUUGGUUUCAAAUACUGGACCCAUGGUGAUGCUCCUUUUGUUGAUGGGUUUAAAGGGUUCGCUACUUUAUUUGUCAGUGCAAGUUUUGCUUAUGGUGGUACCGAAUCUGUUACUUUGACUAAUGGCGAAGCUUUUAAUCCAGUAAGAAAUACACCAAAAAUUAUUAAAACAGUCUUUUGGAGAAUUCUUAUUUUUUAUGUCUUGUCCACUUUUUUCAUCGCCAUGUGCAUUCCCUACGAUUAUCCAGGUUUAGCUACCAAAUCGGUUAUGACUUCCCCAUUUACUCUAGUUUUUCAAAUGGCCGGUGCUAAGGGUGCAGGUUCCUUCAUGAAUGCGGUCAUUAUGACUAGUGUCAUUAGUGCUUGUAAUCAUGCUUUAUUUGCUGGUAGUCGUAUUUUAUAUAAUAUGGGACUGGAUGGAUAUUUGCCUAAAAAUAUUGUUUCUAGGACAAACAGAUAUAAAGCACCAUAUGUUGCUGUGUUGAUAACCUGGGCUAUUGGUGGGUUAUGUUUCGGUGCAAGUUUUGUAGGUGCUGGUACAUUGUGGACAUGGUUACAGAAUAUUGUUGGUGUCUCUAAUCAAAUUGCCUGGUUGUGUAUCGCCAUUACAUCCAUCAGGUUUAGAAGAGGCCUCGAGAAGCAAGGAAAGACCCAUGAAUUAAGAUUCAAAAAUUGGACUUAUCCGUACGGACCAUAUUUCCUUGUUGUAUUUGUCACAUUCAUUAUCUUAAUUCAGGGUUGGUCUGCCUUCGAUCCUUGGAGCGUUUCUAAUUUCUUCUCUGUCUACUUAGAAUUAUUCGUGUUUCCUGCGAUUUAUUUAAUCUGGUGGGCUUUUAAAAGAGAUUGGUUUAUUAAAUAUGAAGAUAUGGAUUUUGAAACAGAUAAAUAUAUUGAAACACAAGAGGUCAUUGAAUUAAAUGAAGCUCUGGAUAAUUUGAAAGGUUGGAAAAAGACAAGACAAAUCAUUAGUGAUUAUUUUGUCUGA